UAAAUGACUUUCCACGAAACAUUCAGCCCAUUUUAAUCCGCUUAACAGCCCACCCUACCCAACCAUUUUCCCACCCCAUAUAUAAAGAUUGAAUCGAACCUCAAAUACAUUAUUGACAAAGAAGAAAAAAAGGGAAGGGGGGGGGGGGGGGGGGGGGAGAAGAAUGUCUGGAGCGGCAAUUGGGGAGGAAGAGAAGAAGUCGGCCAAUGAUCAAUCAGAUCAUAUAAAUCUAAAAGUGAAAAGCCAGGACGGGAAUGAAGUCUUCUUUAGGAUCAAACGAAGCACUCAGCUCAAGAAAUUGAUGAAAGCUUAUUGUGACAGGCUGUCUGUGAAUUUCAAUGCAAUUGCCUUCUUGUUUGACGAUUGUCGUCUUAAAGCAGAACAGACUCCAGAUGAGCUGGAGAUGGAAGACGGUGAUGAAAUUGAUGCAAUGCUGCAUCAAACCGGAGGCACAACUCUUUGAGUCUUCUUUUAUGUGAUUUUAUGUCUUCUUCCGUUUCAGUGGACCUUAAGACUUUUAUGAGUUUCAAGAUGGUAUGUGUUUCAAGUGUAAUGAACAGGAUCGUGUAUCACCAAUGUAGCUUGACAUGAAAGUCAUUGCUUUCUUCA